GUGAAAACAUACAAGAUUAAGCUAUAAUGGAAGGUCAAAACUUUGUUUUUAAUGGAGGGGUGAAGAUGCCCAUUGGCUAUAGGUUUCAUCCCACGGAUGAAGAGCUUGUGGUUCAUUACUUGAAGAGAAAAGCUCUGAAUCUUCCUUUACCUGCUUCUGUCAUUCCCGAGUUCGACGUUCUGCUGACAAAUCCAUGGAGCCUGCCUGGUGAUGUGAAAGAAAACAAGUAUUUCUUUAGCAAGAGGUAUGGAAAUGACAGUAACAACAAAUGCAAGAGAGUAGCUGGUUGUGGUUACUGGAAGCCCAUAGGCAAAGAGAAACCAAUUUUAGCUUCUGGAACCAAUCAAUUAAUUGGGAUGAGAAAAGCUUUGGUUUUCUGUGAAAAGAAGCGUUCAAAUGAGACCAAGACUCGGUGGCUCUUGCAUCAAUUUCGCCUUGUUGACUCAGCAGAAACCCUUUAUCCAACACAGAUGUUCGUGGGCGAAUGGCUAGUUUUCAAGGUGAUUCAAAGGAAGAGAAAAGCUAAAAGACAUGGUUGUAGCAAAAGUCAGACAAGAAGUGCAGACAGCGUGGCUAGUUGUAUUGAUUUCGCAGUGGAAGACAGCUCUGUCUUUGGUCCUCCUCCUCAACCUACUUCACCAAGUUCAAGUGAAACAACCGAGGUGUCUGUGUCUCCCAAUGGAUUAUUAGACGAGGACAUUAGUUCAUUUUCACAAUGUUGUACGAGAAAGCAGUGAAAAAAGGGGUUAAAUUUAAGGAGUUGAGAAAUUGUGUUGUGGAAGCAAAUCCCAGAACUUUGUUACCCAACUUUACUAGUUUUUUCUUCAAAUAUGAAACAAUGAUUGUGAGAGGGAAAGAAGUGGCACAAAUUAUUGCAUAGAUUCUAAACUUUAAUUUUAUCACCAAAAGGCAAAUGAUUUUUCUGAA